AAGCAAACCUCUUAACCAUAAAACCAGCUUACAGUUAUCCAGCAGAGAAAAUGGCCAAUGUGACAAGAUUGGUUAAAGAUAAAGCAGUGGUUAUAUUCAGCAAGAGUUCUUGCUGUAUAUGCCACAGCAUUAAGACGCUAAUAUGUAGCUUUGGGGCAAACCUAACUGUUUAUGAGCUUGAUGAACGCGCAGAUGGUCAGCAAAUUGAGAAGGAACUCAUAGCCUUAGGGUGUAAGCCAUGUGUCCCAGCUGUAUUUAUAGGACAGGAGCUCGUUGGUGGAUCCAAUGAGAUCAUGAGUCUGCAUCUCAAAGGAAAGCUGGUCCCGAUGCUCAUUAAAGAGAAAGCUAUAUGGCUAUAGUACAAAGACUAUAGCUAUAAACAUAGUAUUUUCUUAAGCUCUGGUAUACUUGCCAACAACUACGAAAGUAUGAAUAAGAGAAUAAGCAGAGAGUCAGAUGGCAUUUUAUCUAGCCACGCGAUGUAUGAUAUUUGUAAUUUGUUUGGCCUUAACCCUUUUUAUGUUAAGGUGUUACAAACUUGAGAACAGUAAUGAAUACGAAUCAUAGAUUAAUUAGCAACUCAUGGGCUCCUAAAUCACAUAAAAACCUUGAACAGAUAUAAUUAUGGACAAACAAGUGUUUACAAGUCAACCCAA